UUACUGGAUCAUUGAUGGGAAUAGAAGAUGGUAAAAAUUAUUAUUAUUGUUUUUAUUUUUUUUUUUUGAUAUGCUAAACAUGAAUGUAACUAUCUUUGACUAGGACUGCUCUUUCUUUCUUUCUUUCUUUCUUUCUUUCUUUCUUUCUUUCUUUCUUUCUUUCUUUCUUUCAGACAGUUUCUCACAAGUCUGGCUUUGAGUAGCCUACUGUUGUUACUGUUAUAACAGUUACAUGAAAUUAUUUAGUUUUUAAUUAAUUUUGAUAAGUUCACCUUUAUCAAUUGAUCACAAUAGAAUGCAAACGAGGAUAAAUAAUUUAGCUGGUGGGUUUAUGGUUUUAAACUCUAUGCUUAAAUGCAAUGCAAAAUAUCUCUGACUGUUUAUUUUAUCAGUAAUCAAGGCCUUCUGAACACAACUGAGUUAUAUUUGAAUUCCUAGACCUAAAUAAAUAAAUGCCAAAUUUCAACCAAAAUUUCUUUUGUGAUGACUUUUCUGUACAGCAUUAUGAGCAAUAUGUAAUGCAACGUUCCUUAGAUUUAGACUAGAAAAUAUUACAGAAAUAUAACAUGACCAUAACAAGACAUAACAUUGGUAGUGUUAGAGUUGCUCUACGUUUUAAGCAGAAUCGUUUAGCUUAAGUAUUCUCUUUUCGAAACGUUGAAACCAUAAUCGCUGUUUUGACAAACCACGAGAGUAUUGCUGUAAAAUAAAUGAAAGCCAGAGGUCUGUGUCCUGAGGAAGCUACAUGCCAUGAGUAACAUACAACAGAUUCCACUGGUUCCAGGGCACGCUGCCAUUCUGAAAAAGUGUCAAAGUGCCUUUUGCCAUGCUGUUAAAGCAAAAUUUAAUUGCAUGGCUAUUCUCCACAACAUGGAAGAGGCUGGCUCCUUUGGUAGUAACAGUGGUGUCUUGCGUGCUGAGAAGAGGUACUCCACAAAGCUGUCCAACCGAGUGGAAAUAUCAAUCUGGAAAGAUGAUCUUACCCGUCAUCAAGUGUAUGCUGUGGUCAAUGCAGCCAAUGAGAAGCUUAACCAUACAGGAGGUCUUGCACAAGCCCUGAGUGAUGCUGGGGGACCAAUGAUCCAGAAAUGGAGUGAUGAUAUUAUACAGCGAGUGCAAAGAGUGAAAACCGGUGAUGCUGUGCUCACUCCUGCUGGAAAUCUCCCAUGUAAAUAUAUCAUACAUGCUGUUGGUCCCUGCUUGGCUCCAAACCCAAACAAGAAGGAUAUUGAUCGAGCAACACCCUUCUUAUAUAAUGCUAUCUUUAGAAUUCUAGAAAUAGCUGUAAUACAUAACAUUUCCUCUGUUGCUAUUCCUGCUCUGAGUUCUGGCCUUUUCCAUUUUCCAAGAGAUCUCUGUGCAGACAUUAUUAUAAAGGCUAUAAAGCAGUUCCAUGACUUGAAUGGGUUUCAAGGCAAGAACUUAGAAAUCCAUCUUGUUAAUAAUGAUGAACCCACUGUCCAAGAAAUGGAGAGAGCCACUAGAGCGAUUUUAGGUCCACCCAGCAUCUCUGCCGUGGAUCUCUACAGUGGAGCUUUGCAUUUGAAAACAUGGAGUAAGUCCCAAGUAUAUGUAACCGGGUGGAAGAAAAGACACACACACCGGAAGCAAAAUUAUGCUUUUCAAAAUGUGGGGUUUGUUUAAUCUGACUGCUGUUCAAAAAAAAUGACAGCGGUCGAUGGGAGCAAAACUUGAAUAAGCACACUUACAGAAGUAGAUUUUGGAUAGUUGAAGAUUUCACUAAUUACACCAUACAAAAAGAAAAAAAACUCUUAUCCAUAGUUUAAGCAAUCAAAAUCAGAGAAAUGACAAUCAAUUGUUGCAAAGAUAAGUUACGACAAUAAUUAGUGUCACUUCCAAUCGACUAGAUGUAAUUCAGAUGACUAUAUGCCACCACUGAAGUACAGUAAGAUGCAAGGUAAAAGACUAACAAAAAAACGCACCGGAGUCCACCGGAAAUAACCAAAUUACUUGAAAAAAAACAAAACAAAUGUUAAUACAGACUGGAAUACGGCAGUGGCUGAGGCACAGAAGAAAAAUAAAAGCACAUUAGCAAAGCCACACUCCCUUUGUUUCACAUAUUAACCAUGAACCAUAAGAAAAAUAAACCAGAAUCAAUCACAAAAUAGCUUUUAACACAUCUACAGCAGGUAAUAUAUAUAUAUAUAUAUAUAUAUAUAUAUA